AUGAUAAAAGCAGGAAAACUUUUUUGGGAUCCUUCAAAGACAAACACACUUGCAUAUCCCAAGUCAGAACAAGACAUCAGAAAAUGUUUUGAAGUGUGGCUAAAAAUGAUAAAAAAUUUGAAGGAAGAAAAAGCCCCAUCAGGAGUUGUCCUCAACGAAAGCGAGAUCCAUGCAAAAAGUGGACAGUACAGAGAAAAUAUAGAAUAUGAGAGGACAAAGGAAGUUCUUGGCAGAGGCAAUUCUGCAGGAGAGAUAUAUGUCAUUGAAGACAAUUUCACUGGAGCCAAACAUGCUCAGAAAACAGUAUUGAUUUCGCAUUUCCGUCCAGAAGAAAUAGAGGCAUGGGUGGAUCUGAAUUUGAACAAACUGCAAGCAAUUCCAGAGCUGCGCCACUUUCAGUUGGAGGGGAACAAAGUGGUGAUACACAUGGAAGUCUUAGAAAAUGCCAUCACUGUCCGUGAUAUAUUUGAGAAUCGUGUAGGCGAUCUUAUACAGACCAAUGCUGCUCUCCUGCUGCCAUUCUCAAUAUAUGUAUUCCAUAUCCUGCUGGAAGUGGUACAUACCAUGCAUGAAAUAGGAUGGACACAUAGAGAUCUUCACUCAAAAAAUGUCUUAAUCCAAAAAAAGGCUGAAACUUUGGUUAUAAGAGUUGUUGACCUUGGAUCUGCUUGUAAGACAAACAGUGAGGAUGGUCAGAAGGGAAUCAGAUCAGAUGUUCUCAAUGCUUUGAGAAUUUUUAGUGCCCUAUUUCUUGGAGAAGAGUUUCAUUCACAGAAGGAUUUAGAAGAUAACUGGAGGACAAAAUUGUUUCAAAGGAUGAUAGAACAAGAUAUAGACAGCGAUAAACGAACAGACAUAUUCUCUAUAUUUCCACAAGCAGGAAACACUGCUGCAUUGAGACAGAUAGUGAAAGAAAUGACUGAAAGAGAGUCAGUUGCAGACCAGAUGAAGGAAGCAACAGAAAUUCUUUUCCCCGAAAAAUCUGAUCUGAAUUUAUAUGAAAAAGCAUGCAGUGAUUUGAUUUCAUCCGAGUCGGUGUCGAUCUUGCUCGACUGA